GCAACCGUACAUAUCAUCGCAUUGCCCCUUGCACACUCUGCCCACACGGCUCAGCCUGAACGCGUUGUGCUUUCGAUCUUUGUUCACAGGUGACCACUUUCCCCCGGGCUCCGGGCCCCUUGCUCUGAGCUCCUCAUUGUCGUCGGCCGCGUUUGCUGGAGCGUCGGCCUGGUAGCAGACUCCAGCCAAGUUCACAGUACGUGGGACACAAUGUCUUCCACGCCCACUUUGGAAGACUUGAGCACCGGCUAUCGAGGCUGCCUCACACCCUCACAGUCUCGCGCCUUGCUUCAACUCUGGUCUCGCUUCUUUGCCGCAUGCACCGUCCCACCCGUGCCGGUCGUGCGCGUCAACGACCAUCGCGAUGAGAGCGUAAGCGCAAGUGCGAAAGGGAGUGCGAGCGCAAGCGCAGGUGGGACGCUACCCAAGAGCCGCUCCCACCGCAGCUUUGCGAGCACGCGAGAGCGGCUGGUCCGCGGGUCCGUUGUCAAGUCAUCUUCAAGUGGCGCACCGGGGAAGCGAAAUGCAUCUGCUCCGGGGUCUGCAGGGUCCGCCAGUCCGGCAACCUCGAGCUGCAACGCUAGCGUACCCGAGCUUCUCACCUAUGACUCUGCCACACCGGCGAACGCGGCGGCGCUAACCAUAUCGCCCCCAGGAUCCUCCCUUGGCGGCGCAGCAGCGGGAGCGAGACGGGCAGCCUCUCUGAGCACGAGCACGGGUAAUAACGAGCAAGCAGGCGGCGUCGAAGACUUGGCGAGUGGCGCACAUAUACCACGCGACGACGCGGCUAAGGAUACGCUGCGCAUGAUUGAGGAGGCCAAGGAGAUGCGCAUCUUCCUCGACCGCUACGGCGGCGCCAAGCUGCGCGAGGUCUUCUGGCGCGGCUUGGUUAAAGGCGAGCACCCGGACGCGGUCAUGCUCCGCUUCCUCCGCAGCAGAAAGUGGGAUGUGGAGCGCGCGCUGAACGUCAUUGGUAGCACAGCGCGCUUCCGAGUCGAAAACGAUGUCGAUACCCUGCUCAAACACGGCGAAUUGGGGAUGAUCAAGACACGUGGGGGCUACAAUAUCCUCUACAACGGGAUCUCGUACGUGUACGGUGCGACAGCCGCCGGCGAGCCGGUCUACGUCAUCGAGGUCGGCUCGCACUACUCGUCCAAUCAGACGCAGCUGGAGCUGCAGCGCGGCGUAAUCUACCUGCAGGAGUGGCUCUCGCUGCUUAUGCCGCCGCCGGUCGAGCGCAAAGUGGUUAUCUUCAACAUGAGUAAGUUCGGCCUGCGCAAUAUGGACUGGUGGUGCGUUUUUUUCAUGGUCAAGACCAUCGAGCGCUUCUACCCGGAGAGCCUGUCGCGCGUCUUUGUGCACUGCCCACCGUGGAUCUUCCGCCCGAUUUGGUUCAUCCUCAAACCGCUGCUCGACCCCGUCGUCCGGGACAAGGUGCGCCUCACUAGUAGCUCGGAGGAGCUCGAGGACCUCAUCCCCUGGGACCACCUCCCUAGGGACACCCUCGGUGGCGGGGCCGACUGGGAGUAUUCGUGGCCUGCCGCGCAAGAAGGCGAGAACGACGUGCAAGCCGACACAAAGACCGCCGGCGAGAAAAUGGACGCGUUCUUCGAAGCUGCUGCACGCUUUGAGAAGGCGACGCGCGAGUACAUCCGCCUCUUCGUGCAGGCCUGCUCCCCACGGCAGCGCCAAGCGUUCGGCAGCAUGACUCCUUCCUCCUCGGUUACGUCCCCGCGUCUACGCUCAUUCAGCAGCCACGUCAACGGUCAUGGCGCUAGCAGCAGCAGCGGAGGCGGAGCCGGGCUCACUAGCAGCAACGGCUAUGGAUCCUACAGCUACGUCUCUGGCAGCUGCGACGGCGCGGACAGCGCGAGCUUCACGCACGACCACGACGCCGCUGACUUUGUCGAGCCGGAGGGCGCGCAGGAGAUGCGCGGGCGACGCGACGUGCUCGCUACCAAGCUACGCGUCGCCUUCCUCGAACUAUGGCCCUACUUUGUCGGUACGAGCAAGUACGACCGCUGGGGGGUCAUGCGCCGCGACGGGACCAUCCGCUGGGCGUACCGCAAGCUCGACGGGAGCGUCGAGGAGCAGCUCCUCGGCAAGAAUGCGAGUCUGCCCGUGCUCAAAGCCGGCCUCGAGCUUAUCGAGCAGGCUGAGUGCGCCGCGCAGGAGGCCGAGGCGCAUGCCAGGAGCGAGAAGGCAGCCCGCAAACAGCAGCGCCAGGCUGCGGCCGGUGGCGGCAGCAACAGCAGCAGUGCUGCUAGGCGCCGAGAGUGGGAGCGUGAGCGCCAGCGCACUAGCGCCUCCGAGAGGCCCAAAACGGCAGCGACAAUGGAUACGGCUGUCCCCGAAGAUACAGAAAGCCCGCCUGGGCCGUUCCUCAGCAACGGCGCGUACGCCUCGGGUGCGGUAAUGGAACAGCCAGUAUCCACGUCUGGGUCCCUGUCGCGCAUCGUGCGAGACGAGGCUAGCCUAAAGAAUGGGCGCGGGAGCGUCAUCGAUACAAGCGGCGCCCAGAGUGGACAGCAGCAGCAUGGAGAGAAUGAGAAGGAGGAAGUCGUAUGAGACUGGCUGACCAGCCAGCCAGUCAUUCGGUCAGUCAGUCUGGAAUGUCAUGUCGUGGCAUGGCGGCAUCCCAGCACGGCCAAAUUACGCCGCCUGCUUUAGCACACCACUAUUUCUUCGUCUACUUAUCACUUGCGACGGAGCUUUCCCAUCCCCACCGUACAAUUUCAUCCAUUCCGUUGUGUUCUGCGGUGGAGUGUAGUGUUGUGAGGAUGCCAAAACAUGACCGGGUGGCUGUUGGCAAUUUUCGGCGGAAUUGAGCGAUGCAGAAACGGAUUGUGCGAGGCAUAAAGUAUUAAAUACAAUACGGUUCGGUGACGUGCGCGGGUUCUGAGCGGGCGAUGGUGGUGCAGUUGGACCAAAGGGACUGGCGGCCAGCGUGGUGUUGGAGGUGGGUUGGAAGGCUUGACUGCGAUGAUAGACGGUCUUCUGAACUAG